CUUUCCACUCUUACUUUCUUCGCUGCUUCCUCACACACACCCCCCCUUUUCCUCUCUGUUUUUAACUCUGUUUUAACUAUUUCCCUACCUUUUUACUUUUCUUUUUUCAAUCUUUUUCUUCCUCGAUUUCAAUAUCCUCCACCUUUAUUCAUGGGAGUUUCAAUUGAUGUUUGAUGAAUUUUUUGAGGGCUAAGUGAAUCACUGAUUAUAUUUGCUGCGAAUUGGGAGACUGUUUUGUGGCUGCUUUCGAUCUGGAGACGGGUGAUUAGGGUUUGGAAUUAGCUUCUUUGUAGGCUGUGUCAUGGCCGAGAGUCGGCGCUACGCGCUCAAUGCUCAAUUAGAUAUUGAGCAGAUACUUCUGGAAGCACAACAUCGCUGGCUGCGACCUGCUGAGAUUUGUGAAAUUCUUCAGAAUUACAAGAAAUUUCGUAUUGCUCCAGAGCCUCCCAAUAGACCCCCAAAUGGUUCUCUCUUUCUUUUUGACCGGAAGGUGCUGAGGUAUUUCCGGAAAGAUGGUCAUAACUGGAGGAAGAAGAAGGAUGGGAAAACAGUGAAGGAGGCUCAUGAAAGGCUCAAGGCUGGAAGUGUUGAUGUACUUCAUUGCUAUUAUGCUCAUGGGGAAGACAACGAAAAUUUCCAAAGGCGUAGCUACUGGAUGCUUGAAGAGGAACUGUCUCACAUAGUUCUUGUCCACUACCGGGAGGUAAAGGGGAACAGGACAAAUUACAAUCGCAUCAGGGAUGCUGAUAGUAUUCCAGCUAGUCGACAAAGUGAAGAUGUAUCUAAUUCCGAGGUGGACAGUUCAGCUGCUUCUAGAUUUCAAUCAUAUGACUAUCAAAGAGCAUCACCAAUCACAGAUACAACGAGCCAUAACAGUACUCUGGCGUCUGAUCUUGAAGAUGCUGAAUCAGCAUACAGGCACCCUGGAUUCCAAACUAUUCAUGAUCUACAAUCUCCUAUAGUACCAACAACGGAUGCUGGCCCUAUUCCUUACCACCCAAUUCCUGUAUCGAGCAACUACCAGGGACAGUCAUCAGCUAUUCCUGGUAUGAGUUUUGGACCCAUCACACAAGGAGAAGAAAACAGAACUCCGCUGGAUAAUGGUUUGACGUAUGAUUUUCAGCAAGACAUUGGGUUCCCAUCAUGGGGAAAUGUAGCUGAAAGCAGUAGUGCUAGUUAUCAAUCUGUAGAUUUUCAGCUAUCACUUCCUUCUACCCAAUCUAGUGCAAUGAGCAUGAUGCCUGGACAAGAUAAUGAACUCCUCGAUCACGUUUUCACUAGUGCAUUCAGGAAGAAGCAGGAGUUCAGGAACCAUUCUGAUAGCCUGGGAGAGUGGCAGGCUACAGAUCGUGGAUCACUGCACAUGUCAGAAUGGUCCAUUGACCAGAAGCCAGAUGGUAACCUCAAUAUAGGGCAGAACCCCAAUCAACCACCUCUGAGACAGCCUCUAGUGUAUCAUCCUGGUACCAAACUGAAUGAUGCUAGUGAAGUGCAACUGUCUGACUCAUUGGCGCUCCAUAAUUCAUACCUUACUGAUCAACAUAGACAACAUUUGGAAAAUGAUCUUCAACGUCAAGCUUUGAAUUCUGGGGAAAGUUCUCUUAAAUCAGAACCUGGCAGAAACUUGAAUGCAGGGGACAAAGCCAAUUAUCCGUCCCUAAGACAGCCUCUAUUAGAUGGUGUAAUGCGAGAAGGUCUGAAAAAGCUAGACAGCUUUGAUCGUUGGAUUAGUAAAGAACUUGAUGAUGUCACUGAGUCAACUAUGCAGCCUGGUUCUGGGGUUUACUGGGAGACUGUUGGUGGUGGAGAUGGAGAUGAUUCUGGUAUCUCCACUCAAGUGCCAUCAGACAACUAUGUUCUCGGCCCUUCUCUUUCUCAAGACCAGCUCUUUAGCAUUAUUGACUUCUCGCCAAAUUGGGUGUAUUCUGGGUCAGAAAUUAAGGUGCUUGUUACGGGGAGAUUCCUGAGGAAUCGAGAGGUGGAGAGUUAUAAAUGGGCUUGCAUGUUUGGUGAACUUGAAGUUCCUGCAGAGAUUGUAGGAGAUGGUGUUCUUCGAUGCCUUACACCUUUGCAUGAGCCUGGAAGGGUCCCCUUCUAUAUUACAUGCUGUAAUAGGUUAGCAUGCAGUGAAGUGCGAGAAUUUGAAUUCCGGACUAGUUCUGUUGAGGACGUGGACUCUGAUGAAACUCGCCUUUACAUGAGAUUCGGAAAGCUGCUGUCUCUUGGAUCAGAUACUCCUCAAAUCUCUCUCCAGAGCAUUGAUGAUGAAACCUCUCAGUUAUUUAGUAAAAUCAGUGCCUUGCUGAAAGACGACACUGAGUGGGAACAAAUGUUGAGCUUUACUAAGAAGGAUGAUAAUGUAAAGGAUCAGCUACUACAAAAGCUUUUAAAGGAGAAGUUGCAUAAUUGGCUGAUCCAAAAGAUUGCUGAAGGUGGGAAAGGCCCUAAUGUACUAGAUGCGGAAGGCCUAGGUGUACUGCAUUUUGCGGCUGCUUUAGGUUAUGAUUGGGCUAUCCCGCCCACAAUAGCUGCUGGAGUCAGUGUCAAUUUUCGUGAUGUGAAUGGGUGGACUGCACUUCACUGGGCAGCAUAUUAUGGCAGAGAGCAUACAGUAGCCUUCCUCAUAUCCAUUGGUGCGUUACCUGGAGCAUUGACAGACCCAACUCCAAUACAUCCUUCAGGAGAAACUCCUGCAGACCUUGCAGCUAGCAAUGGACACAAAGGUAUUGCUGGUUAUCUCGCCGAGUCUUCGUUAAGCUCCCACCUAUCAUCACUCGACUUGAAAGAUUCCAGGCAGAGUGAUAGUAGAGAAAAAGUGGUGGAAACAGUUGCAGAGAGGAUUGCAACUCCAGUUGGUGCUGGUGAUUUGCCCCAUGGGCUCUCAAUGAAGGACUCUUUGGCUGCUGUACGUAAUGCAACUCAAGCUGCAGCUCGCAUUCACCAAGUUUUUAGAGUACAGUCAUUUCAAAGAAAACAGUUGAAGGAGUAUGGCGAUAGUGAAUUUGGAAUAUCAGAUGAACGCGCCCUUUCGCUUUUAGCUCUGAAGAGCAAGAAGGCAGGACAACAUGAUGAACCUGUUCAUUCUGCUGCAGUUCGGAUACAAAAUAAAUUCCGCAGUUGGAAAGGCAGAAAAGACUUUCUACUAAUUAGGCAGCAGAUAAUUAAAAUUCAGGCUCAUGUGAGAGGACACCAGGUGAGAAAGAACUAUAAAAAGAUAAUCUGGUCGGUUGGAAUCUUAGAUAAGGUCAUUUUGCGGUGGCGACGAAAAGGACGAGGAUUGAGUGGAUUCAGGCCCGAAGCAAGUGUUGCUAGCAGUAGCAUGGUUGAAGCAGAAACAAAAGAAGAUGACUAUGAUUUCCUAAAGGCAGGUCGAAAACAGACAGAGGAGAGACUGCACAAGGCCCUUGCUAGGGUGAAAUCAAUGGUUCAGUACCCAGAAGCCCGGGAUCAGUAUCGCAGAUUGCUUAAUGUUGUCUCAGAAAUGCAGGAAAAAAAGGCUGAACAAGAAAGGAUGUUGAACAAUCCUGAAGUUGAUUUUGAUGAAGAUUUAAUUGAUUUUGAAGCUUUGCUGGAAGAUGAUAGUUUCAUGCCGAUAGAAUAACGGAAAAAUUGUUGUAAAAUCAGUGUCUACCUUAGACUUGGUAAAAUGUGUGAUUAGGUUGCACAGGUUUCAGUUGUAUAUUUGACAUACUAAUCGAUUUAAUCGUACAGUUUGUCAAGAAUAGGAAGAGUUACUAAUAGGGUUGGGCUGGGUUUGGGAAUGUGCUAAUAUGACAUUUCAACUUUGUUUCUUCCUUUCUUGUACUGUAAUUGGAAUUGGAAUUGGUAUAGUUUUAACUAAAUCAUGCUUUGUAUCAGAGGAUUGAUGAGAGAGAAGCAGAAAUCCCUCAUAAUUCCUCCCACAUGAAAGAGGAUAAACCAUUAGACGCCAAACCCGCCUAAUUGUUUUUUCUUUCAAAAAUUAAUGAAUGUGUUAUAUUACUUGAGACA